UUUAAUUACGUGCCGGGGAAUUGCGUCAAUUUGUACUUUAGCAUUUGAAAAAAGUGCUGUGAGCGUGGAGUGGGGCUGGUGGAGAGUGAGGCGAAUGUGCGGUUUUGAAACCAGAGCACCGUAAGUCCCUCUCCCUCCAAACGAGACCGUCCCGCGGGCUCUGCGGCCGCCUCUGGACCGUCCGGAGAGAACAUGGCGGCGCCCGGAGCCCGGAGCUGCAGCCUCUCGGGCCUGCUCCCGGCUCAGACCUCGCUGGAGUACGCUCUGCUCGAUGCCGUCACCCAGGAGGAGAAGGACAGCCUGGUCUACCAGUAUCUGCAGAAGGUGGACGGCUGGGAGCAGGACUUGUCAGUGCCCGAGUUUCCGGAAGGGUUAGAAUGGCUGAACACAGAAGAAUCUAUUUCUGUCUACAAGGAUCUAUGUGGAAAAGUGGUUGUCCUUGAUUUCUUCACCUACUGCUGCAUAAACUGUAUUCACCUGUUGCCUGAUCUUCAUGCAUUAGAGCACACAUACUCUGAUAAAGAUGGUCUUCUGAUUGUUGGUGUUCACUCGGCUAAGUUUCCAAAUGAAAAAGUCCUGGAUAACGUUAAGAGUGCUAUUCUUCGAUACAACAUCACCCACCCUGUGGUUAAUGAUGCAGAUGCCAGCCUUUGGCAAGAACUAGAAGUUUCCUGCUGGCCAACUCUGAUCAUACUUGGACCCCGUGGAAACAUGUUGUUUUCUUUGAUUGGAGAAGGACAUAGAGAGAAAUUAUUUUUAUAUACUUCAAUAGCUUUAAAAUAUUACAAAGACAGGGGACAGAUCAGAGAUAAUAAAAUUGGAAUAAAACUCUAUAAAGAUUCUUUGCCACCUUCACCAUUGCUGUUUCCUGGCAAAGUAACAGUAGACCAUGUUUCUAAUAGAUUGGUAAUAGCAGACACUGGACAUCAUAGAAUUUUGGUCGUCUGGAGGAAUGGACAAAUUCAGUACAGCAUUGGAGGACCCAACCCUGGAAGAAAAGAUGGAAUGUUUUCAGAGUCAACUUUUAACUCACCACAAGGUGUAGCCAUAAUGGAUAAUAUCAUAUAUGUGGCAGAUACAGAAAACCACCUUAUAAGAAAGAUUGACCUAGAAGCUGAGAUGGUGAGCACUGCAGCUGGCAUUGGAAUUCAAGGUACAGAUAAAGAAGGUGGAGCUAAAGGAGAAGAACAGCCCAUUAGCUCUCCUUGGGAUAUAGUUUUUGGAAGGUCAGGUUCAGAGGUCCAAAGAGAUGACAUUCUGUGGAUAGCCAUGGCAGGGACUCAUCAGAUAUGGGCAUUCCUGUUGGACUGUGGCAGAUUACCAAAGAAAAAUGAGUUAAAAAAAGGAACCUGCCUUCGGUUUGCUGGAAGUGGAAAUGAAGAGAAUCGAAAUAACUCAUAUCCUCACAAAGCCGGUUUUGCCCAACCUUCAGGUCUUUCUCUGGCCUCAGAGGAUCCCUGGAGCUGCCUGUUUGUAGCAGAUAGUGAGAGCAGUACAGUGAGAACCAUCUCACUGAAAGAUGGAGCAGUAAAGCACCUCGUGGGAGGAGAGAGAGAUCCUAUGAAUUUAUUUGCUUUUGGUGAUGUUGAUGGAGUAGGAAUCAAUGCAAAGCUUCAACACCCGCUUGGAGUAACUUGGGACAAGAAAAGGAAUUUAGUUUACGUGGCAGACUCUUACAAUCACAAGAUUAAAGUUGUGGAUCCAAAAACAAAAAACUGUACAACAUUAGCGGGAACUGGAGAUGCAAGUAAUGUUAUCGGUUCCAAUUUUACCGACUCAACUUUUAAUGAACCAGGAGGCUUGUGUAUUGGAGAGAAUGGUCAGUUAUUAUAUGUGGCAGACACCAAUAACCAUCAAAUUAAAGUGAUGGAUUUAGAAACAAAAACAGUUUCUGUGCUCCCAGUCUUCAGAUCUGAAAGUGCUAUGGUGGACGGCCCAUUCCCAGCAGAAAAACAGAAGACCUUACCCAGACUACCUAAAUCUGCUCCAGACAUUAGACUUUCCCCGGUGGCUGCAUCUCCAGGGCAAACUCUUCAGUUCAAGCUAAGAUUAGACCUCCCAUCAGGAACAAAGCUAACUGAAGGAGCACCCAGUUGCUGGUUUCUAUCAGCUGAAGGCAAUGAAUGGCUUCUUCAAGGACAGAUACCAUCUGGAGAGAUAGAGAGCAUUUCCAGUCAACCAACAAUCUCACUGCAGAUCCCUGGGGAUUGUUUAUCACUCGAAGCCGUUCUCUCUAUCAGCGUAUUUCUUUAUUACUGUAGUGCAGACAGCAGUGCCUGUAUGAUGAAGGGAAUUUUGUUCAGUCAGCCUUUACAAAUAACCGAUACACAACAAGACUACAUACCUCCAGUAGAACUCAAGUAUAUAUUUUAGCAAGCUGGCUAGCAUCCCAGUGCCUCCUGUUCUCCAUCCCCACCAUCACUGUGUAAUUUAUGAAAAGAAACUUUAUUUCUGCCUCUGGGUACCCAGAAACCCAUAGUUGAGUUCUAGCAACUGAUACUAAACUAAAGCUAUGCUCCUUAUUUAUUUAUUAUAGACAAAUUCCUUCCUUCUCACUGUGUACCAGCUAAGUCAUUGACCAUGAUUUGAACCAUGAUCCUGUAAUCUGUGCUGCUAUUUGGCACAAGACCUAAGUCCACAUUAUAGGACAGAAUAUUAUCAUGAGAUAAUUUGCAGUGAAUACUGAUAACAAUAAUGAUACCAAAUUUUUUUUUUUUUUUUUUUUGCGGUACACGGGCCUCUCACUGUUGUGGCCUCUCCAGUUGAGGAGCACAGGCUCUGGACGCGCAGGCUCAGCGGCCGUGGCUCACGGGCCCAGCCGCUCCGCGGUAUGUGGGAUCUUCCCGGACCGGGGCACGAACCCGUGUCCCCUGCAUCGGCAGGCGGACUCCCAACUACUGCGCCACCAGGGAAGCCCCGAUACCAAAUAUUUUAACUAACUUUUUUACAUUUAUCAAGCAGCACAUCUGAAUGUGUAAAUUGCACAAUAACUUUACACAGAGUUAAGAUCCAGUCCACAUAUUAUAAGGACGCCUGCCAUUCAAGGUGCAAGUUCUGUUUUAGGCCCCCAAAAACGUCUUUUCAUCACAGUAGCAGCUUAAAGAGUACCUAGGUGGUAAAAAUGUUCUUUGUUCUCUUCUGCGAUUUUCUCAUUUGAGAUAUAUUUAUUCAGUCUAUUUUAAAUUAUUUGCUAUUUUAACAUACCAUUAUUAAUGGUAUGUUAAAUAUUCUGUAUGUUUCAAUAUACAGAAAAUAUAUUUCUAUAUUUCUAAAAGUUAGAGUCUCUAAGGACAUACAGGCUCACUCCUUUAACUUUUUUCUGAAUGAACAGUCUUACCAAAUAACAGAUGAAUCCACAGAAAUGUUAUGACUUUCGAGGAGAAAGGGACUUUGGGACACAUUACUGUCUGUGAUACCACUUAAAGAACUGUGACACUGAAUCUGAUGCAAAUGGGUAUGUAUGUUGUCUUAGAAGUUUACAUUUCAGUUGAAGCGUUAAAUGCAGAUGUUGUUGGGUUUGGGGGUUUUUUUGGUUCCCAUAUUCAGAAUUUAAAUUAUGAUCAUUUAUUGUGAUGUUUUUAAAAAUUACUGUCAAGGCUUCAAAGUGAAAAUUUCAAUGUGAAGUACUUUCAUGCUAUUAAUAUGUAUAGUAUAUCUUAAUAUAUUACUUUAAAAUAUUAAGGCUGAAACAUACAGUGAUUUGAUGACACUUUUUUGGUGGGGUUUUUUUUAACCUUAAAAGAAAUAGUCACCAGAAGAUAUUGAAAGGUUUUUUUUUAAUCAUAAUUUCUCUUUAUAACUAUUUUAAAAGCCUCUGCUUGUUUUUACUAAAACUGAUUCAACAUGUUUGUGGUUUAGUCAGCUUACAAGAUUUUUAAAAACAGGAGAAUCAUAUUUAUUCAGUAAAUAUGUAUAGACAAUAUAGCAUAAUAUGCCUUCUCCCUUCAAAACCAGUGCUCAAUUUGAAGUGUAAUUUUUAAGCAUGAUCAUCUGCCCAUACCUUUAUAUUUUUUUGAACUAUAGUUUUGAACAUACUAUUCACUUCUUUUAUUCAAGUUACCUAAAUCUGAAGUAAGGAAAUGCAUAGAUCAUGACUUUCAUUUAAUUUGUAGCCUGCUAAAGAUAUUUUUAAAGAGAAGUAUUAUAAAUAUAAAGUUAAAAGGAAUUCUGUUUAAAAUUAUAUAUAAGUACCGCAUAAACCUUUUCUCUCCAUAAAAAAAAUAUGUUCUGUAAUAAAAGGAUAUAUAACAUUAAUUUGCUCUUUUAUGGAGAAUAGGCCAUGGUAAUUUUUUAAUCUCAUUUUAUUAUUAUAGUUCUCAUUUCCAGUUGGACAGGAUAGGUUGGCUUAAUUUUUUCCUAUUUAAGGACAAUAAUUUCACUCUCUGAAAGAAGUAUAUACAGUUUUAAAUUGCUAAUUCAGGAAUGCCUGAUAACUGUUUUUUCAGUAUUAUACACAAAUAUACACACUGUAUGUAUUUUCAUAUACACUAAAAUCCAAAAAUAUUAGAUGUUCAUUUUAUCUAGACAGAGUUUUCUGUUAGUAUUAAGCUUAUGCUCUUCUUGACUUUCAAAGUACAGUUUUACUGAACAUUCUUAUUCUUAGCCACUAGUCUGCAUUGUUUUCUACAUUCAAAGUAUUAUUUAUAUGGAUUGGUAUGAUUUUUUGUAAAUCAUAUUAAGCAAUAUAAAUAGGUUCCUAGAAUUUAUGACUAACAUAAAUCUCUUACAUAAGAGGAAGUACUAGAAAGUCUAUUUUUAAAAACUUUGUGAUUCCUGACUUUGUUUUCUAUAAAGAUUUCUGCAUCUUUUUUAAUUUAUGCAUGAGGAAAAGCAAAAGUUAUGUUCAGUGAUAGUUUAAAAAAAGAUUUUAGUGUUAGUCACUGUAAUCAAAGUGCCAGUAAUGUGGCAUUACAUACACUUAGACAUGAUACCUGGGAUCUUUGCCCUAAAUUAUUCUGCUUUGUCACCAUUUUUUCUGCCACUCGUUAUGAUAUCAUUUCACAAACGGUAGAAUUUUCUUUUCUGAAUUUGUAGUCAGGAUUGAUAGCUCUGAAAAGAAUUUUGCUUAUCUUGAAAAUGCUGUCUGAAGCAAAUAUUUAACCUUUUCACAAGGGGAAGCUUUACAGUUUAAUCACCCAUAAGUGUAACUUUGGUAAAGUUCAAUGACUAAACAAUUUUCUCCUUAACUGUUCUAAUAAUAUAUUUAGCUAUAGUGUUAUCAGGUCUGCAGAAACCUAUAAAUCUUAAAACAGCCAAAAAAAGCUUAGUAUAUGUAGAUGAGUGUAUAUAUAUAUAUAUAUAUGUAUGUAUGUGUAUAUACACUUAUGCAGAUACAAAGAUCAACUCAAUUUCUCACAUGGCCAAUAUACUUUGGAGCUAGUACCACUGAGAUGUUAUUCUCUGCUUGUUUUUCCGUAGUUGGAAAAUUUGCGAAGACAUUAAUAAUACAUACCUCUGUAAUAUAAUUUUCUGCUUACCCAACAUUUAGCAUUAGUUUAUAUCUGCCAAUUAAAAACAGUCUAGCCAUUAUAUUUGGCAUCAUGUUUAAGAACAGUCAUCAAAAACUAAAGUUCAUAGCUCACAAGUUGCAUAAAAAUACAUAUGCAGAGGGACUGUGUCAGUGGCGGACUAUGAAUGGUGGACUUGUGAAUAUUUUUGUUUUCUACUUUUCCGUAAUUUUUUUUAAAUUGAGCAAUGGGUUAUUUAAAAAAAAAAAAAAAAAAAAACCCAACUGGGAAUGUGCUUUAAAGAUUUAAAAUGAACUGAACAGUAAGGACUUGUUCUAUAAUAGCUUUUCUAACGUCACUUUUAUUACCAAAGAUCAGAACACAGUUUAGAGCUCUUUGAUCUACCACUUCUCUUGAGUAUGUGAUAUGGUGGAGACAGAAAUGAUUAUGGCUUUUUCUGCUGGAGUUUUUAUUGUGUGAUGUAGCAUAGCGUUUAUGAGCACAGACUUUGCAGUCGCUUGGAUUCUGCCCUAUAAACUGGGGUUGCUAUACCUGCCUUAUGGAGUUGCUGUAAGGACUCAAUGAAAUAGUGUUUGUAUAGCAGUUAGUAAAUAAUGAAACUGCUAGUUAUUGGCUUAGUUAAUAAUAAUGAUAAUAACUUAUGUCUAUAAACACAUGGCUUCACAUUUUCUUUGCAACCACAGUUUCUAAAGGAAACGAAUUUCUCUAUCAACUGUUUGGUAUUUAAUACUCUCCACAGAGUUGGAAUUCAAGAAGAGAAAGUUUUAUAAUAAACAUAGUACUGUUUUAUAAACGUUGUUAUAAAGAAACACCUACAGUUUUGUUUUUUUAAGACCUGGAACUGAGUAAUACACUUCCUUAGAGGGUCCAGACAUACCCUACACCACAUUCCUGGAACAUACUCUGACGGUGCUUUCCUAAAUCUUCCAAGUGCCUUCAUGCAUUUUGCCUCAUUUGAGCUUCAGAAUAACCUUAUGAAUCAGACAGGUAGAUCUUAUGUCCAUUUUACAGAUGAGGAAGCAGCUUUAGAAUGUUGGCAACGUGUCUUGAGAUCAGCGCUCUCCGAAUAACGGCUGAUGCUGGAGCGGUGCCUGGUGCGGGCAGUUGCUCAGCCAGUUUUGUUGAAUGACUAAGGGUGACUAGUGAGUGAUGGACCUUUUAUUUGAACACAGAUCUCCUAACUCCUAGCUGUACUCCUACAUGUAGAGUGAAAACAGACUGGGAUUAAGAGUACUUACUUUUGUGAAUGCUUUCUUAAGCCUUUGGCAGUACUUAACGUAAUAAUAGCUAAAUUUACUCAGUGCUUACUUACUAUGUGCCUGACACUUCUCUAAGUGCUUUCUGUGUAUUAACUGAUUGAAUCCUCACAACCACCUUAGGAGGGAGGUACUAUUUUCCUUAUUUCCCUGAUGAAGAAACUGAGACAUAAAGAAGUCAUAAGCAGUUGCACCAGUGUAAUGGAGAUCACAAUUUAGGACUGGCCAAGCCUGGGGGCAUCUACUCAGCUACCAUGCUGUGAUGCCUGUCUCUCAAUUUUUUUUUUUUUAAGCAUAAAUCUUCAUAUUUAUAUAUAGUAACUAAUCAACACAAAGAACCCCAAAAAUCCUAGUGGUGACUGAAAUGUAAAGUAAAUCCGUUUAAUUUUACUAGCUUUGGGGACUUUUCAUUAUACAUAGUUAUCCUUCAGGGUUUGGAACAGUCUGUAUAAUUGUUUUUCCCAGAAGAUUUUAUGUACCAUUCUUUCUUAAAUUCAGAUAUUAUCCAGUUUUUCUUAGCAGAUGGAUGUAUUAAAGAAUUAAAUAGCUUUUCAGUUCUAGUUCCAAAAGUGCUAUUUUAAUUAGUCUUCAGAACGUAAUUGUAAGACCUUCUCACAGAAUU